AUGUGGCGCACCAUUGACAUAACCAACCACCCUUGCUAUUCACACUCCGAAUUGGUGAACUUUUCUCGCUAUGCCAUUGAACGAAGUUGUGGUCAUUUGGAAGACAUUAGUAUUGAGGAUUUUGGUACUGAUGAAGUCCUCAAAUACAUAGCUGAUAGCGGAAGUCACCUAAGACAGAUGCGGCUUUGGAAAUGCUUGGGAAUUACAAACAAAGGAUUGAGAGAGGCUGUGACGAAGCUUCCCAUGUUGGAGGAGUUUGAAAUUUCAUUCAAACACUUGUCUAAGGCUUCUUUGGAAUUUAUAGGCAAAUAUUGCCCACAUUUGAGUGUGCUGAAACUUAACAUGAAGGAAGUGAAAAGCUUCAAGUUUGAUGAUCAGGCCUUUGCAAUUGCAAAAACCAUGCCUCACCUACGUCAACUCCAGCUUCUGGGAAACAGGCUCAAUGAUAAACUUGAUUAUGAUGAUUAUUAUGAAUGUGACUGCGGAUGUGAUAUUGACUGGGGCAAUGAAGGGGUAUAUGAUGAGGCAGAUGCCUUCGCUGAGUAUUAUGGUCUAGCAUGA